UUGGGGGAGGCGAGUGGAACUCCAGGCCAGGUUUCCGGGCCCUUCCUCGGGGCGCACGGGAGGGCUGCGGAGGCUAGUCCCGGGCGGUUAGUCCAGGCCAGGUUUUGCGCUUGCCCGCCGCCCCCCUCCCGGAGCCGGCGGGCCCGGCAGCGCCGAGAGCAGGCGGCUUGUCAUUGCUGGUGCCCCGCGCCCGCUCGCUCCGCGAGUCCUGCGGUGCCCACGGGCCCAGCCCCGCGCCCCCUGCUCCGGCCACCCCGGGGGCGCGACGCCGCCGCGCCUGCUUCCAGCUGCGUAGCCCCGGCCCCCUGCGGGCAGCGCGAGCGGUCGGCGCGGGAGCAGUCGGCGCUGCGACGCCCCCGCCCCGCCGUCUGCCGGAGACGCCCCGGCGGAUGGGGCCGCGCGGGCCCAGGAGCGGCGCCGCCGGGCGGCGGGGGCCAGCGCGGCCGCCCGGGCAGCCGCGUUAACCCUUCGCCCGCUGCCGUCCGGGGGCGCUGGGGAAGUCGCCUGGGCACACACGUGCCGCCUCCGUCGGGGCCGCGGAGCUGCGGGGGAGAUGCGGGCAGCCGGCGCCGCCUCGGGGGGCUCCGCCUCGCCCCAGCCCCCCGAGCUCUGACGCCGCCCCCGCCCCUCCGCCUCCACGCCUCGCUCCCCGGGAGGGGCGCAGACCCGCGCGCCCGGGGCCGGGGCCGCCUCCGGAGCGCCGCGAUCCGCCUUUUCUUUCCUUUUUUUUUUUUUUUCCCCCCCACCCCUUCCCUUUUAAAUUUUGGUCGGUGGCGGCAGUGCUGGGUCGGAGGAAAGAAGGGACACGGAGUCCUCCCUCGCUCAGCCACCCCCUCCCCGCUUCCCCCUGGGCCGGGCUCCGGGAGAUGUGCCGGGCGGGGGGCCCGGCUUCGCGGAGCCGCCGGAGGAGCGCGCACGGCCGACCCCGAAGCGCCGCUGGACAGGCUGGUGGACCAGGCCGUGGUACCCUGGUGAUGUGGGGCAAGGCCCCCCCCACAGUCCGCUGAGAUCCCUGUGCCCGACCCUGGCCUUCGCCAUGGCCCGCUUGGCUGCAGCACUCUGGAGUCUCUGUGUGACGACUGUCCUCGUCACCUCUGCCACCCAAGGCCUGAGCCGGGCCGGGCUCCCAUUUGGGUUGAUGCGCCGGGAGCUAGCAUGUGAGGGCUACCCCAUUGAGCUGCGGUGCCCAGGCAGUGACGUCAUCAUGGUGGAGAAUGCAAACUACGGGCGCACAGAUGACAAGAUCUGCGAUGCUGACCCUUUCCAGAUGGAGAAUGUGCAGUGCUACCUGCCUGACGCCUUCAAAAUCAUGUCACAGAGGUGUAAUAACCGAACCCAGUGUGUGGUGGUAGCCGGCUCUGACGCCUUUCCUGAUCCUUGUCCUGGAACCUACAAAUACCUGGAGGUGCAGUACGACUGUGUCCCUUACAGUGCCCUUUGCUUGCUAAAACCCUUCAGAGCCACGCUCCUACAGUCCGCUAGCAUCGCCCAGCCUUCUACUGGCUCUGCUUCCCUUCUGACAGCGUUCACACCCGAAUGGCCCUCACCCUCACCGUCUCCUCCACUCGCCGCUCCUUAUGUAUUACCCUGGGAACACUUCCUGUCCGCAAAGGAAGUGCUGCCCCUUAAGAUGAUCUUUGGGAGCCAGGGCCUGACUACCCUGCAUCUGACCAAGGGAAGCAGACAGAGCUUGUGUAUCCUCUGCGCACCAGCACCGCCAGUAUUCCCGCCCACUGUCCUCCCGCCUCCACCUACCGCCCCUCUGUCCUCUCACUUGGCUUCACACAGCCAGCCUGGAGGUGAAGCCAGGACGAUGGGUGAACGGGCCACUCACUGCUCGUUAGAAGUGGAGCAGAAAGUCUUCGUGUGCCCAGGGACCCUGCAGAAGGUGCUGGAGCCCACCUCCACACAUGAGUCAGAGCAUCAGUCUGGUGCAUGGUGCAAGGACCCACUGCAGGCAGGUGACCGUAUCUACGUUAUGCCCUGGAUCCCCUACCGCACGGACACACUGACUGAAUAUGCCUCAUGGGAGGACUAUGUGGCCGCACGCCACACCACCACGUACAGACUGCCCAACCGUGUAGAUGGCACUGGCUUUGUGGUCUACGAUGGCGCAGUCUUUUACAACAAGGAGCGCACUCGCAACAUUGUCAAAUAUGACCUGCGGACCCGAAUCAAGAGUGGGGAAACUGUCAUAAACACAGCCAACUACCAUGACACCUCACCUUACCGCUGGGGAGGCAAAACGGACAUUGACCUGGCAGUGGAUGAGAACGGGCUGUGGGUCAUCUAUGCAACUGAGGGCAACAAUGGGCGCCUGGUGGUGAGCCAGCUCAACCCCUACACAUUGCGUUUUGAGGGCACGUGGGAAACGGGCUAUGACAAGCGCUCGGCCUCCAAUGCCUUCAUGGUGUGCGGCGUCCUCUAUGUGCUGCGCUCUGUCUAUGUGGACGAUGAUAGUGAGGCGGCAGGCAACCGCGUAGACUAUGCCUUCAACACCAAUGCGAACCGAGAGGAGCCGGUCAGUCUCGCCUUCCCCAACCCCUACCAGUUCGUAUCUUCUGUUGACUACAAUCCCCGGGACAACCAGCUCUAUGUGUGGAACAACUAUUUUGUGGUGCGCUAUAGCCUGGAGUUUGGACCCCCAGAUCCCAGUGCUGGCCCAGCCACUUCCCCACCUCUCAGUACCACCACCACAGCCCGGCCCACACCCCUCACCAGCACAGCCUCGCCUGCAGCCACCACUCCACUCCGCCGGGCACCCCUCACCACACACCCGGUGGGUGCCAUCAACCAGCUGGGACCUGACCUGCCUCCAGCCACAGCCCCAGCACCCAGUACCCGACGGCCUCCAGCCCCCAAUCUGCAUGUGUCCCCUGAGCUCUUCUGUGAACCCCGAGAGGUCCGGCGGGUCCAGUGGCCAGCUACCCAACAGGGUAUGCUGGUGGAGAGACCUUGCCCCAAGGGAACUCGAGGAAUUGCCUCGUUCCAGUGCCUCCCAGCUCUGGGGCUCUGGAAUCCUCGGGGCCCUGACCUCAGCAACUGCACUUCUCCCUGGGUCAACCAAGUAGCCCAGAAGAUCAAGAGUGGAGAGAAUGCGGCCAACAUUGCCAGUGAGCUGGCCCGCCACACACGGGGCUCCAUCUAUGCUGGGGACGUGUCCUCCUCGGUGAAGCUGAUGGAACAACUGCUUGAUAUCCUGGAUGCCCAGCUCCAGGCCCUGCGGCCCAUUGAACGAGAGUCAGCCGGCAAGAACUAUAAUAAGAUGCACAAGCGAGAGAGAACCUGCAAGGACUACAUCAAGGCUGUGGUGGAGACAGUGGACAACCUGCUUCGGCCGGAGGCACUUGAGUCAUGGAAAGACAUGAAUGCCACCGAACAGGUCCAUACAGCCACCAUGCUCCUAGAUGUCCUGGAGGAGGGUGCUUUCCUGCUGGCUGACAAUGUCAGAGAACCUGCUCGCUUCUUGGCUGCCAAGCAGAACGUGGUCCUGGAGGUAACUGUCCUGAACACGGAGGGUCAAGUGCAGGAGUUGGUGUUCCCCCAGGAGUACCCCAGUGAGAACUCCAUUCAGCUGUCCGCCAACACCAUCAAGCAGAACAGCCGCAAUGGUGUGGUGAAGGUUGUCUUCAUUCUCUACAACAACCUGGGCCUCUUCUUGUCCACGGAGAAUGCCACAGUGAAGCUGGCAGGUGAGGCAGGGACCGGUGGCCCUGGAGGUGCCUCCCUGGUGGUCAACUCACAGGUCAUCGCAGCAUCUAUCAAUAAGGAGUCCAGCCGCGUCUUCCUCAUGGACCCUGUCAUCUUUACUGUGGCCCACUUGGAGGCCAAGAACCACUUCAAUGCAAACUGCUCCUUCUGGAACUACUCAGAGCGCUCCAUGCUGGGCUACUGGUCAACCCAGGGCUGCCGACUGGUGGAGUCCAAUAAGACCCAUACCACAUGUGCCUGCAGCCACCUCACCAACUUCGCAGUGCUCAUGGCUCACCGAGAGAUCUACCAAGGCCGUAUUAAUGAGCUGCUGCUGUCAGUCAUCACCUGGGUUGGUAUUGUCAUCUCCCUGGUCUGUCUGGCUAUCUGCAUCUCCACCUUCUGCUUCCUGCGGGGCUUGCAGACCGACCGCAACACCAUCCACAAGAAUCUGUGCAUCAACCUCUUCCUUGCGGAGCUGCUUUUCCUGGUUGGAAUAGAUAAAACUCAGUAUGAGGUCGCCUGCCCUAUCUUUGCAGGCCUACUGCACUACUUCUUCCUGGCCGCCUUCUCCUGGUUGUGCCUGGAAGGCGUGCACCUCUACCUGCUGCUGGUGGAGGUGUUCGAGAGCGAGUACUCACGCACCAAGUACUAUUACCUAGGCGGCUACUGCUUCCCAGCCCUGGUGGUCGGCAUCGCAGCAGCUAUUGACUACCGAAGCUACGGCACUGAGAAGGCCUGCUGGCUGAGGGUGGAUAAUUACUUCAUCUGGAGCUUCAUUGGGCCUGUCUCGUUUGUCAUUGUGGUGAAUCUGGUGUUCCUCAUGGUGACCCUGCACAAGAUGAUCCGAAGCUCAUCAGUGCUCAAGCCUGACUCUAGUCGCCUUGACAACAUCAAGUCCUGGGCGCUGGGUGCCAUUGCACUGCUCUUCCUGCUGGGCCUCACCUGGGCUUUCGGCCUCCUCUUCAUCAACAAAGAGUCAGUAGUCAUGGCCUAUCUCUUCACUACCUUCAACGCCUUCCAGGGGGUCUUCAUCUUUGUCUUUCACUGCGCCUUACAGAAAAAGGUGCACAAGGAGUACAGCAAGUGCCUGCGCCACUCCUACUGCUGCAUCCGCUCCCCACCUGGGGGCACUCAUGGCUCCCUUAAGACCUCAGCCAUGCGAAGUAACACCCGAUACUACACAGGGACCCAGAGCCGAAUCCGGAGGAUGUGGAAUGACACCGUGAGGAAGCAGACAGAGUCCUCCUUUAUGGCAGGUGACAUCAACAGCACCCCCACCCUGAACCGAGGUACCAUGGGGAACCACCUACUGACCAACCCUGUGCUCCAGCCCCGUGGGGGCACUAGCCCAUACAAUACACUCAUUGCAGAGUCCGUGGGCUUCAAUCCCUCCUCGCCCCCAGUCUUCAACUCCCCAGGAAGCUACAGGGAACCCAAGCACCCCUUGGGAGGCCGGGAAGCCUGUGGCAUGGACACCCUGCCACUUAACGGCAACUUCAACAACAGCUACUCCUUGCGAAGUGGUGAUUUCCCUCCAGGGGAUGGGGGUCCUGAGCCACCCCGAGGCCGGAACCUGGCAGAUGCUGCCGCCUUUGAGAAGAUGAUCAUCUCAGAGCUGGUGCACAACAACCUGCGGGGGGCCAGUGGGGGCGCCAAAGGGCCUCCACCAGAGCCACCUGUGCCACCUGUGCCAGGGGUCAGUGAGGACGAGGCCGGUGGACCGGGGGGUGCUGACCGGGCAGAGAUUGAACUUCUCUACAAGGCCCUGGAGGAGCCACUGCUGCUGCCCCGGGCCCAGUCGGUGCUGUACCAGAGUGAUCUGGAUGAGUCGGAGAGCUGUACGGCAGAGGAUGGGGCCACCAGCCGGCCCCUCUCCUCCCCUCCCGGCCGGGACUCCCUCUAUGCCAGCGGGGCCAACCUGCGGGACUCGCCCUCCUACCCGGACAGCAGCCCGGAAGGGCCUAAUGAGGCCCUGCCCCCACCCCCACCUGCUCCCCCUGGGCCCCCAGAAAUCUACUACACCUCUCGCCCCCCGGCCCUGGUGGCUCGGAAUCCCCUACAGGGCUACUACCAGGUGCGGCGGCCCAGCCAUGAAGGCUACCUGGCAGCCCCCAGCCUCGAGGGGCCAGGGCCCGAUGGGGACGGGCAAAUGCAGUUGGUCACUAGUCUCUGAGGGGCCUCAUGGACCAGAGGCCUGGCCAGGGAGGGAAUCCAGGAGGGGCUCUGGUGGGAGCAGAGACUGACGGAGGCAGUGGCUGGUGGGCCACUCUCUCCAGGUGCCCCUCUGCCUGUGGGCCCUACAGUCCCCUUGGGGACGAUGACCUGGGCCCCAGGUGCCAGGGUUAGUAGACAGGGUUUCCACCAGCCACAAGCCCCAGCCUCUCUAGGGGAGUGCAUUGAGGAGAAGCCCCCAGGGCCCUGGGAGUGAGGGAGAAGCUGGUAGGUGUGACCACCUUCUGAAGCUCCCUGCCUGUGGAGGGAGAAAGCAAGGGACACAGCUUCCCUGGGUGUGUGGGGGUUGCCACUUCUGAGCUGGCCAAAGCCUUGCAGGACCCACUAUCUGCUGCUCACUCUUCUCCAUCCACCAGAGGAACAGUGGGUCAGUGGGACAGAUGGAUUGGAUCCCUCCAUGCUACAGUACCUUGCUUCCUGGAGACUGGGCCUUACACCACGAGCGAGCCCGAGCCCAGGGGCUGGGGCUUGGGGGGAACUGGUGGUUAAUGGUGGAACUUUCUCUGAAGCUCCUUUCCACUUUGCUAUUGGUCCCUGUCUCCCCAGCAAGCCUGCCCCUCAGCCCCCAGAGUGCACCCAAUGACCCCCUCCCUUGGGGUGACUCCUGAUGAAGCACAACUCCCCGCAGAGCCCCUAACCCACUGGAGUGACCAUAUUUGGGCAGUUCCCAGUCCUGUGGGCUGGGCUAUCUGGGGAGCAGAUUUGGGGUCUGGGGCUCCCUGAGGAGUGGGUCCUGGGUUUGGAUCUUUCUCUAGGGGGUCCUCUUAUCCCUCUCUUCCUCCCCUAUUGCUGUAAAUAUUUCAACAAAAUGGAAAAGGAAAAAAAAAAA